GCUGUUUCUAACAGCUGAACGAGCAUAAUGGUUCCAGAUGUUUCUCAGCUCAAAGGUCCUCCAGCAGGAGAGCCAAACUCCUGAGGACUCUAAGGAUGGUGUGGAGUUUCUGAGGCUGCAGUAGUUUGUCAGAGGGAGUUAUGGGUGUUGUGGAGCGGAGGGUGCAGCAGGUCUGGGGUUCGGUUCUCCAGCCGGAGCUGAAGGUCUCUCAGCUCAGGAGGGUUUGGGUGGAGAGGAGGCUGUUUAAUCGCAGUCUGUCCCGCUGGUUUGAAUCUCCUCGAUUGUCCACUGCUUCGGUCAGCAGCAGUGACCGAGCGUCCACAGCUACACUCUCCGACUGCUCCGAUUUCCCUGAAGGUGUGAGACCCGUGAGCGUGGUGUCCACCGUCUCAUCCGGAUCCGGCUCGUCGCGGGACGAUAUCGCCCCGGCCGGCACCGCGCUGUCCACUGAGGAUGACCUGGAGCUGGACCUGCAUCCUUCAGCAGAGAGCAGCAAGACGCAGGACGCUAAACCGGGACGCUGUGUCCAGAAAAAUAACGGUGACGGCGCGGUGAACAGUCUGAUCCCCUUUGCCUCUCAAACUAUGGCCCCCAACCCCCAGCUCACAUACCUGGACCGUGUCGUCAUGGAGAUCAUUGAGACGGAGAGGAUGUAUGUGAGAGACCUGCGCAGCAUUGUGGAGGACUAUCUCGCCCACAUUAUUGACACGGCUGAACUGCCCAUCGGUCCAGAACAGGUGUGCGCUCUCUUCGGGAACAUAGAGGACAUCUACGAGUUCAACAGUGAGCUCCUGCAGGCACUGGAUAUGUGUGAGAAUGACCCUGUGGCCAUCGCCAGGUGCUUCGUACUAAAGAGUGAAUAUUUUGAGAUCUACACUCAGUACUGCACCAACUACCCAAACUCCGUCGCUGCUCUGACUGACUGUAUGAGGAAUAAAACUCUGGCAAAGUUUUUCCGGGAGCGUCAGGCGGCUCUGAAACGCUCACUUCCGCUCGGCUCCUAUCUCCUCAAACCUGUCCAGCGAAUCCUGAAAUACCACCUCUUGCUUCAGGAAAUAGCCAAACAUUUUGAUCCUGAGGAGGGGGGGUAUGAGGUGGUGGAGGAGGCGAUCUACACAAUGACCGGAGUGGCAUGGUACAUCAACGACAUGAAGAGAAAGCACGAGCACGCAGUUCGUCUGCAGGAGGUCCAGUCUCUGCUCAUCAACUGGAAAGGGCCAGAUCUGACCACCUACGGAGAGCUGGUUCUGGAGGGCACCUUCCGCGUUCAUCGUGCCAAAAACGAGCGAACGCUCUUCCUCUUCGACCGCAUGCUGCUCAUCACCAAACGCCGCGGAGAGCAUUAUGUCUACAAAACACACAUCUCAUGUUCCACUCUGAUGCUGAUUGAAAGUGCUAAAGACUCGCUGUGUUUCAGUGUCACUCACUACAAACAUCCCAAACAGCCCCACACUGUUCAGGCUCGGACGGUAGAAGAGAGGAAACUGUGGGCUCAUCACAUCAAACGACUCAUUUUAGAGAAUCACCAGGCGGUCAUUCCUCAGAAGGCUAAAGAGGCCAUUCUGGAAAUGGAUUCUUUCUAUCCAAAGUACAGAUACAGCCCCGAGAGACUGAAAAAGGGUGUUACCCACCAAUCAGAGGACUCUUAUGGUCGCCAGGGGAGACGCCAGUCAGAAUUAACUAAACAGAUGCUGAGAAACACUAAAGCAGUUCUGAAGCACACUGACAGUGAAGAGGAGUUAACUGCUGAACGGCCGCCGGUGCAAGCCACCGCCAGCAUCAGCAGUUUGGGCUCCAGCGUAGGAGAACCUGAAGCUCAGAAGUUCAGCCUGAGUCCCAGCGAUGGGGAAGAAGCUCCAGAUUGUCCUACAGCAAAGCCCACACUGUUCCAGCAGGACGAAGAAGGAGAGGAAAAUGGGUCAGAUGAUAUUCUGAUGGAGGACGACCAGGUAGCGGACUUUGCUAGCUCCAUGCUGGCGGCUAUCUCCUGCUGGCACUAUAGAGCCCGAGCUUUGCUUUCUGCGGGGUUCACAACGGAUGAUGACCUCAUUCAGAAUAACUGCAAAAAAGGAAAUGUCCAUCCAGCAAGGCAGGACGAGUGUGGUGUAAAUGAGAACCAGUACAGCACAAAGCAGACUUCAGAGGGUAUUUCACUAAUACCCAGUGAUGGAUCUCAUGGGGGUUCCACAGAAGAACUACAUUUAAAGUACAUGUCUGACACAGAAUCUACAGAAGUGGAACCACAGGACAGGAACAUCCUUAAUUCUCUAGUACCAGUAGAGACUAAGGAGGGCCGAGAGGACUUAAAGGAAGAGGGAGACGAAGCCGUGCCUCCACAGCAGCAAGAUUUGACACCAGGAGAGUCCUCAGAAGAAGAAGAGGACAUAGUGCAUGAAACAGUGUCCAGCAGCAUUCUGCCAACCUCUGUGCUGGACAAGGCUAGCGUCAUCGCUGAACAUUUUGCCAACAACACUCAGCGCAGUAGCCUGGCAGCAGAUGAGGUCCACUCCCUGGGAUGCGCAUCUCCACGGCUACCCAGCCGGACAGGCAGCAGUCUCAGUUUAACAGAAGGUCAUGAGUGUCCAUACCGCCAGGGCAGCACCUCUUCAGAACAGCAAGGACCUCUGUUGACCCAGGAAGCAGAUUUCUCCUUUCUGUCCCCAAGGGAAGAUAGCAUGUUUGAUUUAGAUCGAGGCAUCCACCGGAGAAGGGAUUCGACUCUGUCUAAGCAGGAUCAGCUGCUUAUUGACAAGAUCAAGAGCUACUAUGAGAAUGCAGAACACCAGGAUGCAACGUUUAGUCUCAAGCGUAGAGAGAGCCUCACUUAUAUCCCCAGUGGGCUUGUGAGGAACUCGGUUAGCCGUUUUAACAGUUUUCCCAAUAACAACAAUCUUCUGGUAGACAAGGUCACUCCUGCAUUAGGUCAAGUUAGUGGUCUAACCACGGAAACGUCUUCAGUCACCUCAUCUGUGCCCGAGCCCAGUUUAAGUCCCACUGAUACCUUCAAGAACCACCUCUUUACCAGUGUAUCUACUGAUUCCAUUGAGUAUGAUAAGGCCAGAGAUGCAGACCUGUUUAGUUCUGAAGUAGAUGGCAGUGUGAAUCUUCAAACUACUGAAACCAAGCCAGAAAACCUCCAACAAGAGAUAUUCCGUCCAUCAUCUGAGAUGAUCAAGGUCUGGCAGGAAAUGGAGAGAGAGGUCACCAGGUCACAGCAAGAGCGCAAGGCCAUAAGAUCCAGAGAAACACCUCGAUUUAGAGGAGCAUGCACUAGCCUUUCAAGAAUUACCCAAAAUACAAGUAAAUGUACAGAAGCUCAGGAGGGAGAUAGCAUGAUGAAACUUGAAGGUCUCAGCACUAUUACAGAGGAAUCCUCCACACCAUCGCCAGUUAAAGGCAAAGGAAAAGGUCUGGGUCGUGCAGUCAGUCUGAAUGAAGCGGUCAUGUACAGACCGGUGCCAGAAGAAUGUAGGUCUCUGAGGGCUCCAGUUCCAAGUAUUGUCCAGUUGAGAGUUGAGGCUGAAGGUGAAGAACGCACAGAUUCACAGUUGUCAGAAAAUGCAGAGAAUGCACAAAAUAAGGUCAUCCAUCUGGCACGGAAGUAUAGUCAGCGCAUUAAGUGCACCAAUCCAGUGGUCCAGCAGAGGGGCCAGGAUGCAGAGAUGAUUUUUGUCAAGAAGAAUUUGAGUUCUGUGUUGGAGGAAAAGACUGAGAAAGACAUUAAAGGAAAACCAAACCUGACACUGUCUCUAACUGGAUAUGAUGAGAUGAUUCCUCUUGACCAGAAGACCAACUCCACAAGCUCCAACACCAGCAGCAGUGUGAGAGUUUUAUCUCCGAAACGUUCAUGCUCCAAGAGUCCUUUGAGCCCAUCAUCGGCGGAGGGCUUUGACUGGCCGGAUGUGAGUGAGCUGCGCUCAAAAUACACUCACAUCACCCACAGCACAUCUCUGCAGAUGCCCCCUGCUGGCCGGAGCUGCUCUGUGCCUGAGAGGAUGACCGACUGCGGCCCGAGGAGACGCUCCAGCUGCAGCUCCAGCCUGGUUCUGUCCAGUGCUAACGCUGAGGCUCCAGCCUACAGGACCCACUCCCGAAGAGACUGGGAGGGCCCUCAGGUUCGGAUGCACCGAGCUGGCUCUCUGGACCACAGACUCAGUGGACUGUAUCUGAGUGAUCUACAGGACCUCCAAAAUGAGAUGGUCAGUAGUGACUACUACAUCUCUGCUCAGGCCACAUUACCCAACAAAAAGAAUGUUGUUGUUGUAGAGAAGGUUUCUGAGACUGCAACUCAAGCUGAAGGGGAGGAACCUUCAAAAGAACCUGCAACUGUAAUGGAAAUGGAUAAUGUGGAAGACCACUAUGUGCAGAUCCGAUCACCAACAUCUCGGGAGAAGAUCUCAAUAAUGGCUGUUAUUGAUCGAUGUCGUGCUUAUCAGGAAUCGGACGAUUACAGACAGAGGGAAGAGUCUGCGUCCCGGUCAGAACAAGCGUCCAAGACGGACAGAAGUAAAGAACAUGAUAAAACGACAUCCUCCAGAGAACAGUUAGAUGAAGCUCUCAGAAACCGUGUGGAUUCUGGGAAAAAGACUGAUGCCAGUCAACAGGGUGUUGUAAAGAACCUCCGAGAAAAAUUCUUAAACUUGAGAUAAAGGGUUAUCUUUUUAUUCUGGUAGCUUUAUUCUUUCUAUUCGUUUAGAAUUGUAUCACUUUAUGUUUUAAGGUACGUUACUCUUCUGUACACAAAAGCAUAACCAGACUAUAAAAGUUAAUGGGCUCCUGAAAUAUGCAUAUAUUUUUAUGUUGUUUAUCUCAUUUCUGUCAAGCCUAAGUAUGUGAAUGUAGCCUCCGUCAGAAAAACUGCUGUUUGUGAUGAAUUGCCAGAAACGGCUUCAUAAUUCCCUAAAUUUCUCUUUCUCAAAGACACGAUUUACAUUCACCAUUUUAAUGCUCCUGUUUUGCCACAGGUGAGUAGAUUUUUCCAUCAAGUACAUCAUGACUUCUCUUUAAAAACAGCUUUCUCUUUAAUAUAAGGACAGACCAUUUGUAUGAUAGCACCACUUAUAUGGAGGACCACUCGCUCGCUUUGGCGCCUUCGGUUGCAGCACUGAGUUCUGGAUCACUGUUAAUCAUGAUUUAUUAUAGAAAGUUACAGCUCUCAUCAUUCCACCGAUUAUUUCCUGCAUAUGAAAGAACCUCAGAGUUCUGUAACUGUUUUUAUAGGCAUUCCCAGCAAAUGAUUAUCUGUUAAUAUAUGGAUGAAGUUUUGCUUUAACUGCAUCUGGAUAUAUUUUCCCUGUAUAUGUUGAUUUUUCUUUAAUCUGUCCAGCACUGAAUGUCUUUAAUCAGCUAUUUGCACAAAUGUAACAUGUAAACAUCUCUAUACUUUCCUGUUUCAUAACACUGUAUGUUGUGAGUCUUUCUCUCUACACUGUGUUAUUUAUUAAGAUCCUGUAAAUGAUGAUUCCUGUCAGAAAUUAUCUAAAUGUAUAUAAAUAUAUAUAUAUAUAAAAAAAAUAAAUGUGUAUAUUCUGUUUGUUUAUCUAA